CGCUCCGUACUGAUGGGAUUGUGGUGUUGCAGAAAUCCGGCUUCCGAACUGAGGCAGAGCUUUCGACUUGCUCCCGGGGCGGUGUAACGGCUUCUGAGCGCGGGGGCUCGUAGGUCGGCUGGGCAGCCUCCGGCUUUUAACUGUUGGGUCCGAUUUGGGUCUGGAUGCUCUCCAUCUUACACUUGUCCACCAAGAGGGGGUUGAGAAACGGACGCGCCACAUAGUUACCGCAGGACUGGUAACAGUUGAGGACCCAGGGGCUUUGCCUGAGGGAAGACCGACCGGGCAAGGCCCGAGACGUGGCAGUAGAUCUGCCCUCGGAGUGCUGUUGCUUUCCCCGUUUCUGCCCCGGGAGCUGCUCCUAAGUAGAUCCUCUCCAGCCAUGUUGCCGGCUCCUAGUGCAGUCCCAGCCCCGACCCCGGCCCCUGCCUUGGUCUCCCUGUUUGACAUCAGCGCGGAUGUUCCACUGCUUCGAGGCCUGAGCCUGGUGAGCCACGCUCCGGGGGAGGCUCUGGCCGGAGCGCCGAGCACUUCCUGUCCAGGAGAGAGAGCAAGCCCAAAGAGAAAAGCAUUCCAACAUCCUGUGGAUAUUUCAGAGAAAUUAUUUUGUUCAGCUUGUGACCAGAGCUUCCAGAACCACCAGGAACAGAGAGAACAUUAUAAACUUGAUUGGCAUCGCUUUAACCUAAAACAGCAUCUCAAGAACAAGCCUCUCCUGUCUGCUGCAGACUUUGAAAAGCAGAGCUCCACAGGAGAUCUUUCCAGCAUCUCAGGAUCAGAAGACUCAGACUCAACUAGUGAAGAGGAAUUGCCAGUAUCAGAUGAGGAGAGGCCUGAAUUUCAGAAGCCUAACCGACCACGAGGAUUCUACCCUCAUCGGGCCCUUUUCCAAAAUGCCCAGGGCCAGUUUCUUUAUGCCUAUCGCUGUGUCCUAGGCCCUCGCCAGGUUCCCCCAGAAAAGUCAGAAUUGCUGCUCCGGAACCUGCAAAGUGGAGGUCCCAGAUACUGCAUUGUGCUCAUGGCUUCAGCAGGGCACUUUGCUGGUGCCAUUUUUCAAGGAAGAGAAGUGGUGACACACAAGACCUUUCACCGUUACACCGUGCGGGCCAAACGGGGCACAGCUCAGGGGCUUCAUGAUGCCCAGGGUAGAGCAUCACGCUCUGCUGGAGCCAGCUUGAGGCGUUACAAUGAAGCCAUGUUACAUAAGGACAUUCGUGACCUGCUGGCAGGGCCAACAUGGGCUAAAGUGCUGGGGGAAGCAGAAACAAUACUGCUACGUGCCCCCGGAUCUAGUCGGUCUUUGUUCUUUGGAGGCCGGAAAGCACCUCUGCAAAGGGAUGAUUCCAGGCUUUGGGAUAUCCCCCUAGCCACCCGCAGACCCACCUUUGGAGAGCUUCAGCGUGUACUUCAUAAGCUGACCACCCUGCAUAUCUAUGAUGAAGACCCUCGGGAAAUUGUCAGAUUUCAUUCACCUCAAACACAGAAGGCAGUAAGAGUGGAGAGGAAAAAGUCCACUGAGAAAGAGAGAACAAAGGUCCUUAGUGAAGGAAAUGAGGCACUGGGGCAGGAUGAAGAAUCACUCAAACAAGGUUCAGAGUCGCAGGGAGAAAAUGGCUCCCAGGUAGAGUUGGAGCUAGUAGAGUUGACAUUGGGGACCUUAGAUCUUCGUGAAUUUGAGGUAUUGCCCAAGCGGAGGAGGAGGAAAAAAAAGGAGAGAAGUCAAGACCAGCAUGCUGGGGCACAUAGGACUUUUCUUCAGCAGCCUCAAGACGAUGAACCAUUCUCACAGUCAGCCCAGGCAGUUGCAAUGGGCACUUUGGUUGAUGAGGCCAAAGCCCUUGAUCAGCCAGAGCUCUGGGAUGUUCUUCUAGCUGCUUGCCGAGCUGGGGAAGUUGAGGUGCUAAAGCUCCAGCUAACUGCUGGGCCUGUAGACCCUGUAGUUAUGUCCCUACUCAAUGCCCCCCUGGGCUCUGGUGGCUUUACUCUCCUGCAUGCAGCAGCCGCAGCUGGAAGAGGUACAAUAGUUCGUCUGCUGUUGGAGGCAGGUGCUGACCCCACUGUACAGGACUCUAGAGCUCGGCCACCUUAUACUGUAGCAGCUGACAAAUCAACACGUAAUGAAUUCCGAAGGUUCAUGGAGAAGAAUCUUGAUGCCUAUGAUUACAAGAAGGCUCAGGUACCAGGGCCACUGACUCAAGAAAUGGAAGCCCGGCAGGCUAGAAGGAAAAAGGAGCAGAAGGCAGCUCGGCGGCAACAGGAACAACAGCAGCGGAAACAGAGGGAGCAAGAGGAACAGGAGCAAGAAGAGCAACGGCGAUUUGCUGCUCUCAGCGACCGAGAGAAGAGAGCUCUGGCUGCAGAGCGCCGACUAGCUGCCCAGUUGGGAGUCCCUAGCCCUCCAAUUCCUGAAUCUACAGUUGUCAAUGCUGGACGCUGCUGGAGUUGUGGAGCGUCCUUCCAAGGCCUCAUCCCCUUUCACUACUUCGACUUCUCUUUCUGCUCCACACGUUGCCUCCGAGAUCAUCGCUGUCAGGCAGGGAAGCCUUCUUCCUGAUUUAUUAUAGCCACCUGGGGCCAACUCUAGGCCUCAGAGGACACACAUAACUAUAGCUUCCUCCUCAUGAAGCUCAAGAUUAUUUGGAAGAUCAGGGUGAAGGACACUCAGGCAAAGACAGGGCCACAGAGGUAUGUGGAGCUGGUACUGUCUUUGGAACUUUAAUCACAAUAAAGUUUGGCAAGAAAACUGUACUUGUACUUAACAUU